UGUCAUUAUCAGAGCGAACCUGACCCGAGCAGAAAGAUCUUGGGUCGCGUUAGCCGUUCAUUCAAGUUUUCGUAAUUUUCGCUGACGAGAGAUUUUCGUUGGAAAAUUUUUUAUAUUAUAUUCCCUUGAAACUCAAUUAUUAUUUAGAUUGGAUUGUAUAACUUUGUAAAUAAAUUGAGAUAAGAAAAAGUUGCACCGCAUAUAAAAGGCUUACUUUAAAUACGUAUUUAUAACAGAUGUUUUAGACAUAACCUAUAGGAUUAAAUUUUUUCUGAAUUAAACGAGACAAUACGGAUUUUCUAUCACGGAUUUUUCACGGUCGAUAGAACGCGUAAUAAAAUGCCAGCUCCGAAGAAUUCUCUCAGCGUCGCCGUAAUAUGCUCCAGUAAUAUGAACAGGAGCAUGGAGGCGCACGCUUUCUUGAGCAAAAAGGGAUUUAACGUGAAGUCAUUUGGAACUGGAGAUAAAGUCAAACUGCCUGGAACCGCACCAGAUCGUCCUAAUAUCUAUGACUUUGGGACUUCUUACGAGGAAAUCUACAAUGAUCUAUUAAUGAAAGACAAACAAUAUUAUACACAGAAUGGUUUAUUACACAUGUUAGACCGGAAUCGUCGGAUAAAACCCAGACCGGAACGGUUUCAAUUGUCCAGGGACAAGUUCGACAUUUUAAUUUCUUGCGAGGAGCGAGUGUACGAUCAAGUGAUCGAAUGUAUGGAUUCCAGAACAAAGGAGGAUAAUCAACCAGUCCACUUGAUCAAUAUUGACAUUCAGGACAAUCACGAAGAGGCCACAGUAGGAUCGUUUCUUAUAUGCGAAUUAGUGACAGUGUUGGCGAAUAGCGAAGACUUAGACAAUGACAUAGAUGAAUUACUCCACGAAUUCGAGUCGAAGUUCGCGAGAACGUUAUUGCACACCGUGCUGUUUUACUGAAAACUUUAUUAACGACGUGAAAAAUGGACCGGGAAAUCUAUUCACCAAGCCUCAAGUUUAUAAGGGAAAUUUAAAAAUUAAUUAUGUAUAACUUAUAAAUAUAUGUACACACCGCAUAUGUGUAUUUGUCCACCGAGUCGUCGCGUGGAUUCUAACUCAGGCGGGAAAUUUCGCUUGUGCUUCCUAACAAACAGUUAACUCGUGCGGAAUUUAAUCUUAGACUUUAAUCUCUCCGCGAUCAAACGAAGUCUGAAAGUAAAGUGUCAAAUCAUGUGUCGUUAAAACUUUUAGACGAAAGAAAGGAAAAAGAACAUGCAAAGAAUAUAUGAAAUAUAAAAUAUUUUAAUUUUAACGUAAUAUAUACA